AUGGCAGCUGUUGCAGUGCAACCCCCUGUCGCGAACCUGGCCAUUCCCGACGUCGCGCAUGAAACUCUGGUCCAGCUGGCCAAGCUCUUCAUCCGCUAUGAAGCUCAAGAAUUGUAUGGCCUGCAUUUAAUCCACGGCCACUCCCAAGCUCCAGAGGGCACCGUCAUGGUUGGAACAUGUACCGACCACGAUGGGAAACCCCUUUGCUGGACCAAGAUCAUAUUGGUCUCCACCAUCGAUAGACCAGUUCAUGGUCACAUCUACCGCUUACAAUCCGAGCGCUUCCACCCGUAUGAAUACCGCGAGGGAGAGCUCGACAGUCGCUUUCUCAGCGUCAGUGGAUUCGUGGGGCCUCGUAGCAGCCGAUGGAGUGAUCUCGUCAUGCGUCUCAGGGAGACAAAUAUCCCCGGGUGGUACGAAUUAUGCUGGGUUUAUGCAGCAUGCCUACCUAAUUUGGACGACCGUGGAGGAUAUAAGAAGGGCGCGUGUGCUUACACAUUUGCCUUGACGUUCCUCCCUCUUGUCUACGUACUCGUUGUACCACUUCCAGGCUGGUUGAGCGACCUGCAGCCACCCGACAAUGUCACGACUCGGGACACACGCAUCGUGGCUCCGUGGCCCAAAGCGUUAGCGGUGGCACCCGACGGUCAGCUUUGUCAGCUGCUGAUUAGAAAUCAACGCGAAGCCGUUGAAGAUGUCUGUCAUGGCGCCGACGUAAUGUGGAACCCGCCUAUGAUGGACGGGAAGCAGCAACGGCACCAAGAGGUCCAAGACUACCAAGAGGUCCAGGACUGGCGGUGA